AUCAUGGUUUGUGUUGCUUUCAAAGCCACCAAGCCAGGGAGCUCAUGGAGAAAAUGGCUGGGAGUCAAACUGUCCAAUUCUGUAGUCUUGUUCUGCUCAUCCAUUCAAAUAAUCAUCUGCAUGACUUGGUUGGCCAUUUCUCCUCCCUUUCAGGAACUGGACAUUCACACUUCCCCUGGAACCAUCAUCAUUCAGUGCAAUGAGGGCUCAGCUAUUGGCUUUUACUCAGUUAUUGGGUAUAUGGGGCUUCUGGCAGCUGUUAGUUUUGUUUUAGCAUUUUUAGCUCGGAGCUUACCGGACACUUUUAAUGAGGCCAAGUACAUCACUUUCAGCAUGCUGCUCUUCUGCAGUGUUUGGAUCACAAUGAUCCCGGCCUAUCUGAGCACCAAAGGCAAAAACACUGUGUGUGUGGAGAUAUUUGCCAUACUCACCUCAAGCGCGGGCCUUUUAGCCUGUAUAUUUCUGCCCAAAUGUUACACAAUACUACUCAGGCCAGAAAUAAAUAUGAAUAGGAAUUUGCUUAGAAACAAAGAUAAAUAA